UAUGAAGAGUUAGGUCGAGUCAGCGAUGAACCUCCUCAUCAAAGCCUUUCAUAAAUACUCCGGCAAGGAGGGAGAUGCCAGCACCCUGACUAAAGGGGAGCUGAAGGACCUUCUUCAGAGUGAACUGGCGGGAUUUAUUGGUAAAUCCACCGACAAGGCAGGAAUAGAUAAAAUCUACAGCAACCUGGACUCAAACUCCGACGGCCUCGUGGAUUUCACGGAGUACGUCACCCUGGUGUGCUGCAUCACUACGCUGUGCAACGACUACUUGUGCGGCAAGAAAUGAGGAUCCAAGCGCCACCUUGGGGCCAGCUGAGAGA